AUGUCGCUGCUUCAAAGUGACGUGAAGAAACGACGUCGGAAGCGUUAUUUGACCCCUCAAAGUUCGGAUGAUUUACCGAAGUCAACAAGGUGUGCUUUACCGCCUGUUUCCUUUGAGGCACCGUCCACCGACACCACCAGACAUGAGUAUUUGUAUGCCUUGCCGACCGGACAACAGACGGAAGACGCUUACAUGGCUUUCGACAGCGGCGAGGAACACUCGUCAAGCGCUCAGCCUGCUCGCGUCAGUGACGUCGACGAUUUGUCCAGCACUGUAUCAGCGCCCCAACACUUAUUCUCGGUCCUCUCCGGGGAGCAUAUGACGGAACACUCUCAAGAAACUGAAUCAAGUGAACUGAGCGACGGUAAUCGGAAAAAGCUUCGUCCCGACAAGCCCCUCACAGUGAACGAUGUAUUGCUGUUGAUAACAGAAUUUUCGAUAAGGCAUGGGUUAUCCUGGAAGGGGAUAGGAGACCUGCAAAAGUUGGUAAAUGUUGUGCUACAAGAACCUGUAAUCCCGGAGUCGUUGCACAUGUUUAAGAAAGCGUGUGCAACCUCCGAAUCAAAAAUGGUGUACCACUUCUACUGUCCAGACUGCGUGACUGCCCUGGGACAAUCGCGGGCCUCUCUGAAAGAAAGAAAAGAACUGAAGCUUCAGUGUGGACAGUGCAAAAAGGAAUAUACAGGAAUGGAUCUCUCAAAUGGAGGCAGUUUUUUUGUAGUCUUCCCCAUCAAAGAACAGCUCACAUCUCUGUUGCGAAUCAGGACAGUGUCAGAAAAAUUGCAGGAGUCCUUAAACCGGCUGCAGCAGAGCUGUGAUGAACCUGAGGUGAUGAAUGACAUUGUGGACGGAAGACUGUACCGCCGUAUACGUAACAAGAUCUGCAGCGAGGCUGACAUCACUGUGACAAUGAACAGCGAUGGGAGUCCAGCCUUCAACUCUUCAAACUACUCCAUAUGGCCUAUUCAACUGACAAUUAAUGAACUUCCUCACAGUCUUAGAACAUCCAAUGUCCUGACCGCAGCACUGUGGUACGGCAAGGAGCACCCAAACAUGAGCCUUUUCUUAGACGCAUUCGUCAAAGAACUGAACAUACUUUCGGAGGAAGGCAUAAAAUGGACAAGUGUGUCCAGAGAAAUCACUUCUAAGGUGUUCUGCGUAAACUGUUGUGCUGAUGCGCCGGCCAGGGCUGCCAUGCAACACAUGCAGCAAUUCAACGGCCAUUACGGUUGUGGCUGGUGCUUACAUCCAGGAUUCACCCUCGCAGGAUCAUCAGUCGUGAAAUACAAGGCGGACCUGCUUGACGUCCACGACAGGACCCAUGCCACGAUGGUGGAAGAUAUGAAGGCUGCUGUGACAAGAGGACCAACCAAUGGAGUGAAGGGCCCGAGCCCACUGAUCAACCUUCAAGCCUUUGAUAUAGUAUGGGGUUUCACCCCAGACUAUAUGCAUUGCGUCCUGUUAGGGGUCACAAGGCAGUUCUUGCAGCUAUGGCUGGAAAGUCCUGGGGAGCCAUAUUAUAUUGGAAGGCCAAGAGACCAAGCCAUCAUAAAUGCAAAGUUAUGCAGCAUAAAGCCCCCCUCCAAUUUUUCACGGCUUCCCCGUUCUCUGAGCACUUACAGGAAUUGGAAAGCCUCGGAAUUCCAGAAAUGGCUCCUUUACUACAGCCUUCCUUGUGUGGAAGGUGUGCUGAACAGCAAGUAUCUGGGCCACUUCAGACUUCUUGUGUGUGCUGUGUACCUGCUGCUGAAGAAGUCUGUGUGCAUGAGUGAAAUCAACAGAGCAACAAAACUUCUGGUGGAAUUUGUUUUAAAGACACAGAAGUACUACGGGGAAAGUCAAAUGACUUUCAAUGUUCACCAGCUUUUGCACCUACCCAAAAGUGUUGUCAAUUUCGGUCCUUUGUGGUCCCAUUCAUGUUUUUGUUUUGAAUCGAACAUGGGUACACUUCUACGCUUGAUCAAGCCAUCAAAAGGUGUGCCACUCCAAAUAUCAUCGAGAGUGAUGAUGCAGAACCAGACAAGAAAGAUGUUGGAGCAUGCUUGUUCAUCCACAAAGGAGUAUUCCGAAUCGUUACAUGGGGAGCCUAGACUCUUCACUGGUACUCAUUUCUUAGGAAGUGGACAGGAAUUCGACAUGACACCACACCUGUCAUUAAUCAACCGUGUAUUGGGAUACACUCCAAGCUCUGCCACUGAGUAUAGCCGUGUCAGCAUUGGUGGAUUCGUCUUCCACAGCAUGCAAUACGGCAGGCCAAAAAAGACUGAUAACACCGUACUGCUACUAAGUACACAGAGGGACCUUGUGCGGAUUGAGCACAUCAUACGCUUUAAUGAUAGCAGAUGUUGCCGUGAUGUGUACACUAUUUCGAGACGCCUUACUGCUGAAAGUGCCUUUGCAACAGACCACAUCCACAGUGUAGACCUGUUGCCAGUGUACAGCAUGUACAGCCUUGACAGCAGUGCCACGCCUUGUGUGUACAUUGAUUUCACAGACAAGAAGUAUGUGUGCCAGAUGCCGAGUUUCUGGCACACGUUAAAAGAAACCCAGGUUGUCGAAAUUAUCGGCAGUCCUACCCUACGAGACGUGCACCAUGAACUGGAGAAAUGUGGUGUAGUGGCUGAGAUUGUUAAAGACAGCAGUGUGGAGAAGAAAGAGACGAAGAACCAGACAUAA